GUAUUCUUAUUGAAUCCUUGCCAUUAUUUGUUUACACUAAAGCUAAAUUUAUAUUUUCGAAAAAUGGAGAUGACUAACUGUCUUUGGUCAUAAGAUAAAUGAUAACAAAACUUACCAUAUGCACUUCCUUAUAAUAUGGAUACACGCAAAAUACUGGUUCGGAAAGAUCGGUUCAUGACUGAGGGCUCCGUAUUGUAUCGUCUUCUUAGGGAAGAUGAAAAUCCAUUAGCCGAAGGGAUAAAAGCAAAACUGCCUCUUGAUGAAAGUCUUCCGUUGUCACAUGUUCGAAACGGAUCAAGAAAAAAUUCCCAAUGGAUAUCAACAACUGCAUCUAUAGAGGCUGUUGAAAAAUUUGUACGAUUAAGAAGGAAGAAACGCGGGAGUCGAUCAGUGUGCAGAGUUGUCAAGAUAAAUAGGAAAAAACUUGAAAAUUAUGCAAAAGAAUGUGAACUGAAUGUAGAACAGGAUUUACCACUACAUCAAGAGACAUUUUGCGGCAAUGGAUUCUGGGAAAAUGUCGUUCCUUUUGAGAAGAAAACUGGAAAAAUAUUAGAUUUGACUAAAAUGGAGGUCUUAGAUACGUAUCUUCCGAAACAACCAAAUGUUCAAAAAUUUAACGAAAGAGCAAGAAGUUUGCGACAAAAUAUCAUGAGGUUCUUGUUGAACGCUUCAUUCCAGCUAACUGCUUUUAUGUUCGUUGUAAAUAUACCUAUCCGUUUGAAUAUAAAUGAAGUUGUUGUUGGGUUUUACGUCACUCCGACACAAUAA